CCUCCUCCCCCUCCCCACCAUCAUCACCAGCAGCAGCCCCCCACCUCAUCAUCCUCCACAGUCCCACAAGCUCCUCCCCCUCCACCGCCGCCGCCGGUUCAGCAUUCUCCCGAACACGCCGCACCUGCCCCGCCCCCUCCCCCUCCUCCCCCCGGGCCUCCUCCGCCUCCGGAGGUGGACGGCAGAGGUGGGGACUCUCCGAACUCUCCGGGUCCAGGUGGGAAGUCAGCUCUGCUGGAGCAGAUCAGAGGAGGGACUCAGCUGAAGAAGGUGGAGCAGAAUCACAGAGUGCCGGCCUCCAGCACAGGAAGAGACGCCCUGCUGGACCAGAUCCGACAGGGGAUCCAGCUCAAGACUGUGUCGGAUCUUCCAGAGUCUGGCCCCCCAACACCAGCACCCGCUACAGGGAUUGUCGGUGCCCUCAUGGAGGUGAUGCAGAAGAGGAGCAAAGCCAUUCAUUCCUCAGAUGAAGACGAGGAUGAUGAUGAAGAGGAAGACUUUGAGGAUGAUGACGAGUGGGAGGACUAGUGAAGAUGUUUGUUCCCCCCCUGAGACCCCCCUCCCCACUGCACCUGCCGCUGACACGAAAAAAAUCUCCUGAAAUCUUCCAGCCUCUCCACCCGUAACGUACAUGUUUGACUGAGUUGUAUAUUUAUUUUUGCUUUUUUUUUAUUUUUAUUUUUUUUAUUUGUAAAGAUUAUUCAGAAUAAUCUGUGCAAUACCUCAUCUGUUGAAGCAGUGGUUCUCAAACUGUGAGGCGGGAGCACAGGGUCAUUAAAAAACUAUUAUCCACUAAUGUGGAAACUUUCACAAGAAAACUCUGUAAGAAACAAAGAGAAUAAAUAUCAUUCAGUCGCCUUUUAAUUAAAACAUUUCAUAUAAAAGAACUAGAACAACAAAGACGUAUUUACAUUUAUUAAACUUAAAUAAUGUAUUUACAUUUAAAGUUCAUAAAUCAAAGCAAAUGAUUUUAGACGUUAGUGCUGUUAAAUCACAGUAUUUAUGCUCAGAACCUCAAACUAAACCUUUCUGUGAAAUAACUUCUUAAAAACAGACUGAAUCUGAUUUAUUUUUAAUGAUCUGCAAAAAAAGAGGUCAGUCUUUAAAGUAAUGUAUCUGAUGUGCGUACCCUUCACAAAGAAAACAGCUUUAUUUUAAGAAACUUGACAUAAAACACAUGAUUUUACUCAUUUUGUUACAUAACU